UCGUCGUCGCCGCUGCGGUAACGGAGCGGCUCGGGUGGCGGAGCCCGCGUUCGCACCCUCCUGCUCUCCUCCGGAGUCCCUUCCUGUCCUCCGCUCGGCUCCGCGGCCGCCCAGGGGACUGGAGCGGGUGAGGGGAGCCGGGCGCCCCGCGAGAGAGGCGCCCCCGCGGUGGGGCGGUCUGGGAGCUCGAGGCGGCCCGGCCCGCGCGGGCAGCGGCGCGGCGCCGAGGAAGGGCGGCCUGGCCCGGACGCCUUGGGGCGGGGGCCGAGGAGCGCUCCGGGCCGCCGGGGGAGCGACAGGCCCGGUGCCCCCGCGGAGUAACCCCGGCGGGAGAGCGAACUCCCCUCGCCAUCGCCCGCGCCCAGAUUAUCCUGAAUACCACAUGUCUAACAGUUUUCCUUGCAACGUUAGCCAGUAUUUUUUUACUGCCACCAAAAGAUCAAAAUUGCUCUGGAAGUUGGAGACAUAUUUGAUUUAAAAGAAAUAACUUUAACAAAUGGACAGUAUGUCUAUUACAAAUACACCAACAAGUAAUGAUGCCUGUCUGAGCAUUGUACAUAGUUUGAUGUGCCAUAGACAAGGUGGAGAGAGUGAAACAUUUGCAAAAAGAGCAAUUGAAAGUUUGGUAAAGAAGCUGAAGGAGAAAAAAGAUGAAUUGGAUUCUUUAAUAACAGCCAUUACUACAAAUGGAGCUCAUCCUAGCAAAUGUGUUACCAUACAGAGAACAUUGGAUGGAAGGCUUCAGGUGGCAGGUCGGAAAGGAUUUCCUCAUGUGAUCUAUGCCCGUCUCUGGAGGUGGCCUGAUCUUCACAAAAAUGAACUAAAACAUGUUAAAUAUUGUCAGUAUGCGUUUGACUUAAAAUGUGAUAGUGUCUGUGUGAAUCCAUAUCACUAUGAACGAGUUGUAUCACCUGGAAUUGAUCUCUCAGGAUUAACACUGCAGAGUAAUGCUCCACCAAGUAUGUUGGUGAAGGAUGAAUAUGUUCACGACUUUGAGGGACAGCCAUCAUUAUCCACUGAAGGGCACUCUAUUCAAACCAUUCAGCACCCACCAAGUAAUCGUGCAUCGACGGAGACAUACAGCGCCCCAGCUCUGUUAGCUCCAUCGGAGUCAAAUGCUACCAGCACCACCAACUUCCCCAACAUUCCUGUGGCUUCCACAAGUCAGCCUGCCAGUAUACUGGCAGGCAGCCAUAGUGAAGGAUUGUUGCAGAUAGCUUCAGGGCCUCAGCCAGGACAGCAGCAGAAUGGAUUUACUGGGCAGCCAGCUACUUACCAUCAUAACAGCACUACCACCUGGACUGGAAGUAGGACCGCACCAUACACACCUAAUUUGCCUCACCACCAAAACGGCCAUCUUCAGCACCACCCGCCUAUGCCGCCCCAUCCCGGACAUUACUGGCCAGUUCACAAUGAGCUUGCAUUCCAGCCUCCCAUUUCCAAUCAUCCUGCUCCUGAGUAUUGGUGCUCCAUCGCUUACUUUGAAAUGGAUGUUCAAGUAGGAGAGACAUUUAAGGUUCCUUCAAGCUGCCCUAUUGUUACUGUUGAUGGAUAUGUGGACCCUUCUGGAGGAGAUCGCUUUUGCUUGGGUCAACUCUCCAAUGUCCACAGGACAGAAGCCAUUGAGAGAGCAAGGUUGCACAUAGGCAAAGGUGUGCAGUUGGAAUGUAAAGGUGAAGGUGAUGUUUGGGUCAGGUGCCUUAGUGACCACGCAGUCUUUGUGCAGAGUUACUACUUAGACAGAGAAGCUGGGCGUGCACCUGGAGAUGCUGUUCAUAAGAUCUACCCAAGUGCAUAUAUAAAGGUCUUUGACUUGCGUCAGUGUCAUCGGCAGAUGCAGCAGCAGGCGGCCACCGCACAAGCGGCAGCAGCUGCUCAGGCUGCAGCUGUGGCAGGAAACAUCCCUGGCCCCGGAUCAGUGGGUGGGAUAGCUCCAGCGAUCAGUUUGUCAGCUGCCGCUGGAAUUGGUGUCGAUGACCUUCGUCGCUUAUGCAUACUCCGGAUGAGUUUUGUGAAAGGCUGGGGGCCGGAUUACCCGAGACAGAGCAUCAAAGAGACGCCUUGCUGGAUUGAGAUUCACUUACACCGGGCCCUGCAGCUCCUAGACGAAGUGCUCCACACCAUGCCUAUCGCCGACCCACAGCCUCUAGACUGAGGUCUUCUACUCCUGGGGCCUGUAACGUUCGCUGUCAGGAUGGUGGACUAUAAAGUACAAUCCUGUUUAUAAUCUGAAGAUAUAUUUCACUUUUGUUCUGCUUUAUCUUUUCAUAAAGGGUUGAAAAAGGAUGUUUGCUGCCUUGCUCCUAGCAGACAGAAACUGGAUUAAAACAAAAUUUUUUUUUCCUAUUUAGAACUUUUCAGGCAUGGCUCAGAGCUUGAAGAUCAGGAAAAAUACAUUCUUACUAUAUCUUCACCAGUUAUGUAUGAAGGAAUCAUUCCAGUGCUGGAAAAUUUAGCCCUUUAAAAUGUCUUAGACUCUUUUAUAUGCAGAACAUUGGUAUGUGUGUUAUUCUACAGAAUAAAUUCAAUAUUGCUGAUUUUAAAGGCAGAGAAGUUCUCAAAGUUAAUUCACCUGUUACUUUGUGUGUGAGUUGUUGUUGUGAGCAUCCCUUACUCCAAAAUGCUGUGCCAUGUGGGUGAGUUAAUUUUACCAAGAGCAACUUUCCUCUGUGUUUAAAAAUAAGAUAGUAAUGUAUUAUAAUCUUUAUCCAAAAUAUUUUUUGCAAGUUAAACUAGUGAAGAUGAUUUCCAUUCAGAUUGUCUUGUGACUUCAGUUUUAUUUUCGCCAAGGCAAAACACUAACCUCUGUGUAUACUGAGAGUUCCUUAAAAUUAUCAAAGAAAUACCAUUUAAAAUGACACUUGUUGUCCCCGUUGGAUAACUAUUUAUUGAGCAGUAUAACUCUGGCCUGUUAGAGAGCACACCUCUUUCUCUAGAUUUCUAGCCACAGGGUUGGUUACUAAGAAGCCCAAAAGAGGAAUUUCUUUCCUUCAUUAAUUCAUAGGGAAAGGUUUUGUAUUUUUAAAACACUAAAAGCAGCGUCACUCCACCUAACAUCGCACCGUCUGCAGAGGUGGCAGUGCGUAACCUAACGAUGAGCAUUUUGGAAACUGCUAAAUUCCGUGUUAAAUACUAUGCAGAGUAACGGACACAUUGCAGUUCAUAAUAGGUAGUUUGGGGUAUUUUUGUACUUGAUUUGAUGUGUGACUUUUUUUCCAUAUACUGUUAAAUCAUGUAUGUUAUAAUAUUGUUUAAAAUUCAGUUUUUGUAUCUUGGGGCAAGACUGCAAACUUUUUAUACCUUUCGGUUAUUCUAAGCCCUUGCCCAUCAAUGAUCAUAUCGGAUUGGCAGUGACUUUGUAUAGAGAAUUUAAGUAGAAAAGUUGAAAAUGUAAUGACUGUACCACAGACACAAUAUGUAUGCUUUUUCGUAGCGGUAGCAUAAAUAAAACCGAAUCUCAACAUACCAAGUUGAAUUCUAGGUUUGAUUUUUAAGCUUUUUCUUUUGCACUUUGAGGUCCACCCAUGGUGAGACACCUUCUAGUAAUGACAGGCAACAGCCAGGACGGCAGCUGUGGUUUUUCCCUCACACUCUACCAGGACUUCCCCGUGUGCACUGUGUAUCAAGUGUAGAGUUCUUGCUUGUUGAACUUUUCUUUCACUAUAGUAAACACAGGCCCGAUGGUCUAUAAGAUAAAUAGAUUGUCUGCAGGAUAAAUAGUGUGAAAUAAAAUCAAGGAUUAUCUUUUAGAUGCUUCUGCUUUUCGCUUGGAGGGCCUUCAUAAGCAUAAUAAGAUUCUAAGGUGUGUUAUAUGUUUGAGAAGCACUUACGCACGAUAGUCAUCCUUAUGUCGACCUGGAUGAGCAGGUCCUCACCUUCUUGCUCAGAGGGUCUUCGUAUAACCACCCUAGAAACCACUACGUUUGUUUAUUGCUGUGAUUUAUACAUAGAUCUUGAUCCAAGCUACAAGGCUUUUGUUUUUAAAAUAACUUCUCUACCAACUUAUUUGUACUCUUAAGUACUUACAAAUACUUCUGUUAAAGACCUCAUUUCAAUCUGUAAAAGUUUGAUGAUUUAAGCUUUAUUGGCAGGUUUUUAAAAAGAUACCUUUAUUCUGUAGAAAUUACUGACUUGAGGUCAAUUUUACUGUGAACAGAGUAGGAAUGAGAGGAGAGAGUUUUAGAAUGACAGAUAUUUAAAAUCCAGAUUAUUUGAUUAGAACCAUAAGCAUGCUAUGAUAUAAUCUAUUGCCUCCUUUUCUACUUUAAGAAAGGUUUUCGUGUUUAAUGAAACAUGAGAUCUUGAGUAGUCAUCUGGGGAAAAUAUGUGGAAAGUAUUUACUAAGAAGUCUAUCUUUGAGGCCAAGCCACCGGUCUUGGUUGCUUUCUGCUAAGAGCCAUAAAAGUACAUAGAAGUGCUUCUAGUUAUUGAUUGCUUUAUGUUUGCAGCUAGAUGCAGCCACAUGGUUUUGAGAAAACAUCUAGUGCGUUGUGAUCAGUUAUUCCUGAGAACUUAGUUGUUAAAUGGUAAUUCCAUUUCUUAAAUGUAGUCAUCUUUAAUGAGUAAGACUAAAGAGUCACUAGGUUUAAAAUUUUAUGGCUACUGUACAGUAGAAAUAGUUUCUGCAGUUCUCAGAAUCUAUCAUUAUGAGCCUCUGGUUCUGGUGAGUUUUCUCAGCUCGUUCAUAUCUCAGAGACUUUCAAAAAUGUUGAAUUUCAGUUGAAAGCUGAGUGACAAAUGAACCAAGUACGCACCUUUGUAGUCAGUCCUUCACGAGGCCUCUUCCAACGUUCGUCCAGUGGCCUUUCAGUGUGCGAUAAAGGGAAUCCUUCACGGUGUUGCCUUGAUCUUCCAUGAAGUAGAUUCUUUUGUGGGAUAUUGUCUCAGUUUUUAAAGUAUACUACACCUGGUAUGCAAAGAUAUGACAAUAAAUCAAUCUGCCAUAUAACCUUGUGUUUCCAGGAGCAGGCACAUUUGUAUUGACUUAACCACUAAACGGGUGGCGUGCCCCCUUCUCCUAUAAACGUGCAGGGUUACAGGUUUUGGGGGUCUGGCUUAAGGAUACCCAUGCUUGAAACAUUCGAGUAAGCUGAACACAUGUUAGCUGAGUUAAAGAUCCAUUUUUGCAGGGAAGGGUGUGAUGUAAAGAGAGGUAUUUGUACCAGAAACUUUGAAGGCAAAAUACAGCGUCCUGUCUUCCAGUUGGUAGAUACCUUACUUAAAAGUUCAUUCAGCUAUCUUUUUUGUUGUGCCCGUGUGGACAAGGGAAGUUUUAUCUUUUCUCAAGGUUCUCCUUCGUGUCUGUGGAGGUUGCAGAACAUACAGUGAACGUGCCUGUUCCUGGUUUGGUGGGGCCUGGUCAGUGCCUGUCACUCGUCAUCUGUUGUGCAAAAUCAGAUCAGUUCAGGUCAUUUUGAGUCUUUUGGAAGAAGCUAUUUUAUCUAGAGUAGGACAGAAUUCUUUUUGUUCAUAGUUUUAUAGUUUAGUUUUAUCAUUAAGUCACUCACUGGCAUUUUAUUUAAUGACAGCAAAUUGGGGAAAUGGUCAAUUUAGAUCACUGAGGUAAAUGAGUAAAUGAAAGCAUUUCCCUGGAAAGUCAGCUAACAGCUCUUGUAGAUGGGGCUUGGCAAAGACUGGCACAUAAUAGAAUGAAGAAAUGCAUUCUCAUUCCUUCUCUUCCCCCCAUUUUCAUUAGAUUCGUUGGGGUGACACUGGUUAAACAGAAGUACACAGGUGUCAGGUGUGCGGUUUUACAACACGCCGUCUGUGCACUGCAUUGUGCCUGUUCACCCCAAGCCGAGUCUCGUGUAGCUUUUUCUUCGAAGGCAGAACCCAUCUUCUUGCCGAUGGCUGUCUGGAGGUAAUCGCCUAAAUCUUCCUUUGCAUGAUUAUAGAAAAUGGGCUGUGAGAAUCUUUGUGUAAACCUUUCCACCCCCCGAACCCCCGUUUUUUCCCCCGACAGCUAGGUGAUUCUCUAAAGGCCUAUCAGUAAGGAUUAAAAAGUUAGUGGCCUUAUUCAUAGCAUCCUCAGGCCCAGCCCUGUCCCUAGCACCUGGCCCAGUGUUAUCAGGUUGUUUACCUUGUAUCACUGUGGGUUGGGUUUUUUUUUUUUUUUUUACCUAAUCCAACUUGCCUUAUUUAAGCAGUAAAACUUUUUUAUUUUAGCCAGUUCUUUGAUGAAAUUAUUUAAUGUGUAUGUCAGAGAACAUACUGGAUAUGUUAUUUUUUGUGUGUACCUGGCAUUCUUCCUCGACUCCAGGGGUGACUUAGACAGGUAGGACUGCUUGCCCUCACUGAAUAGUUGCAGACUGCUGUGGGUCUGAAUGUUGAACUUUUCACCCCUCCGGCCCCCCAUCUUCUCUCCCUUUCUCACAGUGACCACUUCCUGUGUGUCGUUAGUGCACCUCCUGUUAGUCGGUUCUUCUUCCCUUUCUGAUUCAUUUUUUCCAGCUGCUUGGGCAAGGAAACCAGAUAACCAAACUUAUUAAUACUUUCUUUGAAUACAAGGGCAAACUGGGACAGGACCCAGGAGACUUUCCUGUAAUGUAUUGAAAGGGACUGUAGUGCUUUGGCAUUUGACUGCUUAGAGUGCUUCCUGAACCUUGCUCGGUUUCAGGUAGUUGCGGUAGAGAGAAGUGAGUCAUACUCAUAUUUUCCCCCGUUGCAAGAUCUUGAAAAGUUUCAUUGCUUCCAUUUGCCUGCUGCUCACAUAAAAUUUGGGGUUGCAAGGAUUAUUAAAUUAGAUAUCAAUAGCCAGAGGCAAUACCCUUGUCUAGAGGACACCAGCAAAAAGACAAAAUAACCAUAAAAACAAAUCUUGGGGAUGAAAGAAUCAUUUUUCUUCUUCCUCACCUGAUGAUAUGUUUAUUGAUUUUAGAGAGGGAGGAAGAUGGAGAGAGAAAACAUCAAUGUGAGCUGGAACAUCGAUUGGUUGCCUCACGUAUGUGCCUCAACUAGGGAUCGAACCCGCAACCUAGGUUUGUGCCCUGACCAGGGGUCAAACCCGCCAACUUUUGGUGUAUGGGACAAUGCUCCAACCAACUGAGCCACCCAGCCAGGGCAAGAGGAUCGCUUUUGGGUGUCCCCUUUUGAGCCCUAUGUUCUGGCCUUUCUCCUCUACAGAUAUUUUUGACCUAUAAGUGCCUUUAUGAGAAUUGAGGGUUUGAUAUCCUGCCCCAAGGAGUAGCUGAAGUAAUUGCUGAUGUUUUCAGGGAUUUAACAUCAGACUUGAGCGAAAGAAUGAACCUUUUUUUUUAACUAGGAAGGAUUGAAGAGAAAACCCUGGUGAAGACAAUCAUUUCUCUCUAUCGGUGUGUGCAUAGUUUUCCAUUUAUUUAAGAUGCUUUCUCAGUAGGUCUCAGAGCCAGUGCUCUUGUUCAGCCUGAAACUGGUGGCUUGGGUCUGGGACCAGACAUUGUACUGUCCUAGUUUGUGCUCUGCCACUGAUCGGAUGUGUGACCUUGGGCAAGUCAUUGUAAACGCCUGCUUUCUCUGGGCCUCAGUUGCCUCAUCUGUAAAAUGAGGGAGUUGGACUGGGUGGGCUUCUCCAGCUCUGAAGUGUAAGUGACCUUGCCUACCUUGCAGCAGUUUUUGAUUUCUUCCUUACCUUUGCUCUGCUGUUUUGGGGGCGCUUUUUUACUUAUUUCCACAUUAUUCGAAUGAGACUAGGCUUGAGAUUUUAUUACUCUUCUCCUAUGGACAAGAAGUUACAUAAUAUGUUCUUAAGACUUAAAUUCAACCAAAGGCCUAGCACCACCUUGGGGGGCUGCAAUAAAUACUUUUAGAAAAUGAGAGGGGAAAGCCUUCAUUUUAUUUUCCCAUCAUCUCUAUUGAAGGUUUAUUAAGACUUUUUUGAGUCAUGACCUUCUGACUUUUGGGUUGGCAUGCGUGACACCGUCCCCUUAAGUUGCUGUGUGCUGAUGAUUUUUUUGUUCAACUGAAAUGGAUUGAAAACUUACUGUAAAUGCCUGAUGAUAUUAGAGGACAUUACUUUGGGUCUUUGGUUUCUUAACUCUUUGCUCAACACAGGGAAAUUCCUUUGAGCUGUAUUAUGAAAAUGGUUUAUACAACUCAAGAAUAUACAUAGUGGAUGAUCAUUCACUUUAUUGUUUGGCUCUUUUUAGUCCAUUUGAUUAGAAGACUUUUGGCUGGAGCAUUUUUUCAGAGUUCUCUUCCAGCCUAUCUUUGGAUGCACUUGGCUUUUAUAAGGACCUUGAGAGCCUUCACUGGGGUUGGGUCGAGGGUGGGGUUUUGGGGAGUCCUGGUAGAGGCCAGCUCUGGUAGCUGGAGAGGAAGGGCUGUAACCAGCUGCUGUUGCUAUGGCUGCUUGUCAUUGAUAGAAGGACUCAUGGGCUUGGAUUGGCUAAAAGGCUAAACAUGGAGUUGGCAAACUUCCUCUGGGUCCUAGGUUCCGGCCAAUUCUUCGGACAUGAUUUACAGGAAACGUGUGAAUGCUCGUUGAUGAUGCAAAUUUGGUGGGCUGCAGAACCCUGUGGAGGAAGUGGGGGUUGGGACAGAUUUGCUGGUGUAUUUCCCAACUCUGUCUCCUCCCCUGAACUUGGAGGAAUGCAGCCACACCACCACUCAGAGAAGAGCCACUCUUAGCUUCUGCUUUUGGGGAAACUGGUCAGCUAAAGUUCCGGUAGUUCCUUUGUGGCUUUCUGUAUACUUUUUCCUGGUUGAAGUCUGUGGCUAAAAAAUCAUUGAACCUUUCCUGAGAACUCUGUAAUGAACUAUGUUUUUGAUUAAAAGAGAAAGGCAAUUAAA